GCGACGACUAGGGGAGGGACUGGGCGAGCGGCGGCGCCAUUCGUCACGUCUUCGCCCAGCCCUUUGCCGGCGACAAGCAUCCACCAGGUCUGCCAGGCAGUGCCGGCAAGGAGGCCCCUCCCUACCCUCUGGUGAGCUCCCCUUCCGAAGUGGUGAGGCCAGAAAGUUACAGAUGAAUCAUGCUGAAGUCUCUGGUUUGUUAAGUGUUGGUAUGCAUGAAACGGAUGUGGGUGAAGAAACAUAUGCAGUUGAAUAUCGUAAAAUGGAUCAGGAUACUUCCCAUGAAACAACCAAAUUUGAUGUAGUAAUGGCAACUUCGGCAAUGUAUACUGAUAAUAUCAAUACCAAUGCUUGCUUGGAUGAAUAUCACAUGUCAGGAAUUCAGCCUAUGGAGGAAAUUAGAUUUGGCAAUGCACAACCCUUUGAGCUUCAAUCGAAAGGAGUGGUAGCUGAUUCUGAGGAAGAAAGCAUGCCAUCUAGCCCUGACACUUCGUCUACCGGUAACUAUGUUAUGCCUAGUAAUAUGCUUGACUUUUGUAAUAGCCUCUGCUUGAUAUGUCUUCAAUUCUGUGCAAUUUCAGGUUACAUGGAGCAAAAUCUGCAACAUAUGUAUGAUGCGAUGGUUGAUAAAGAACGACCAGUUGUGCUUAGUCCUGCCUUUAUAACAUGCGACAAAACUUUGCAUCUUGAGCCUCACUUUACUUUCUCAUGGGAUGGGAUCAAAAUUGAGUAUAUGGAUUUAGAUUCAUUUGAAGAUGAGAAGAUGAUAGCUUUACAGUGGGAAAUAUCAAAUAUUAUUUCCAUCAGUUGUAAAUGGGCUCAGAAUGUUGGAUCUGCCUUAAUAACACUCCUUGCUGGACCCAAAGCAGAAACUGGAAAUGCAGGUCCUGUUAGAGUACAAUUUUGUCUUGAUGAUUCACAAUGGCCAAGGAGACAACAGAAGAUUUGGGAACUUGGACCAAGAUAUCAAGAAAUAUGGAAAGAAAUCCCAUCGGAUGAUUUUACAUCGGAGGAUUGGAGCAUUGAACCUAGUCUGUUUUUCCCUAGGCAAUACUUUUCAAGCACUGACGACUUCGAAGAUAUUAUCUAUCCCCACGGAGAUCCUGAUGCUGUUUCCAUUAGCAAAAGAGAUGUUGAGCUUCUUCUUCCUGAAACUUUUGUCAAUGAUACAAUAAUUGACUUUUAUAUCAAAUACUUGACCACUAGAAUUGAAUCUACCGAGAAGCGCAGGUUCCACUUCUUUAAUAGCUUCUUUUUUCGCAAGCUGGCAGAUCUUGACAAAGAUCAGGGGAGAGCUCCAGAAGGUAGAGCAGCCUUCUUACGUGUUCGCAAAUGGACCCGCAAAAUAAAUGUAUUUGAGAAGGAUUUUCUGUUCAUUCCAGUCAACUUCAACUUGCAUUGGAGCUUAAUUGUUAUUUGCUAUCCUGGAGAAGUGGCGACAUUUAAAGAUGCUGAUACGAAGCUCUCAGGUAAAGUUCCAUGUAUUUUACACAUGGAUUCACUUAAAGGAAGUCAUACUGGACUCAAGGACAUAAUUCAAAGUUAUUUAUGGGAAGAGUGGAAGGAAAGGCACCCUGAAUCAGCAUCAGAUAAUUUGGACAAGUUCUUGAACUUGAGAUUUGUCUCCCUUGAGCUCCCUCAACAGGAUAAUUCAUUUGAUUGCGGCUUGUUCUUGCUCCAUUAUGUGGAACUAUUUUUGAUGGAUGCUCCAAGGAACUUCAACCCACUGAAGAUUGAUGUAUUUUCUGGCUUUCUCAGUGGUGAUUGGUUUGCACCCGCUGAAGCUUCUCUCAAGCGAUCGGUUGUCCGAAAGUUAAUUCAUGAGGUGUUGACAGGAUCUUCUCAGAAUCACCCUAAGCUAGCUUGCGGUGGUGAGCAGCUUGAUGAAAGACAUCAAAGAUGCUCAAAUGCUGAGCAGGAAUCAGCUAAUGAGUUUCUUGCUCAGAGGUGCACUGCUGGUGACCCUGAAACAGUUUGCGCAGUUCGUGAUGGCACUCAUGAAAUACAGCCAUCCAAGUCCAUCUGUUUAAAUGAUUCCGAAGAAAAGGGGGUGCCUGUUUCUGGGUGCAUGUUGGACACUGGGAAGGUUUCAAUCGUCGAUGUACAGAAUCUACAAGAGUCUCAGGUGUAUGCACCAGAUAAGGAUAAUGUUUGCCUGUCAAGCGAGGCUGAGAAAAAUGAGCCAGUUAUUGCAGAAUCUAACAAUCAACUUAAUAUGAGAUCAUGUGCCCCAGAAGAAGAUGAAGUGCUCAAGGGAUCAAAUUGUGUGGUAACAGAUAAGGAACAUGGAGAACCUUUGUUCGCUUCUUUGGAUGAUAACCAAAAAGUUUCCCGUAAAACAGAAGAAGAGAUACAGGCCAUUAUGGUUUCCACGAGCUGCUCAAUCUCUGAAAUUACUGCUCAGGUAAUUGCCUGUCAAGAACAUUCUUUUCAAAGAAGUGCAGACGUUGGGGAUGAGUGCUUUAGACCUUCUCAAGAUGUGGUUUCUGUCAUGAUGCUCGACUCCAGCAAAGUUGACGAUGGACCAAAUCCAGAAAGAAAUACAGCUGAAGGUGAUCGUGGUGACCAUCAUGAAUAUAUGGAUUCAGUCACGCUAGGUGAUAUCGACAAAGAUGUUGCUGAUACGAAGUGUGAAGAUAAUCUUGUGGAUCCUAUAAUAGCAGAAAGUGCUAUCAUCGAGAAUGUGAAGGAAAUCAGCACAACUGAUUCUGUAACAGUAGAAAAUGCCAUCAUCGAAAAUGUGAAGGAUAUUAGCACAACUGCAGACGAUGUCAAUCAUGGUGAGCUGUAUGUUUCAUCUCAGUUGCUAGAGGGAAACGCUGACAGUGGUAUGACUGGUGCUGGUUCUGAGUUGAAAAUAGGAAGCCCCGAUAAUGGUAUGACUGGUGUUAGCACAGUUCCCUCUGACUUGAAAGAGCAAGAUAUUGACAAAGUAGUGGCAGGUGACUGUACACAUGAAAGCAACAUAAAUGCCAAGGAUAGGUCCGAGUUGGAAGUGGGAAAUGCUGACAAUAGUAUGACUGGUGGUAAUACAGUUUUCUCCGACAUGAAUGAGGGAAACACUGAGCAAAUAAUAUCAGGUGGUUGUACAAAUGCAACUGAUGUAAAUGCUGAUGGUGAGGAUGCCGGCAAUUGCAAAUACUCAGCAAUGGAUGGUGCAGUUCCUUGUGAAGAUGAGACAACCUGCAUUGAUGGUGUGAUUCUAUCCAUGGAUGUGCCCUGCAGGACGAUCAAUGGACCAGUUUUGGAGGACAAAUCUUCCGAUGCUAAAAGGCCUCUGCCCGAUGGCACCUGCGAACUUGUUGAUAGACCUUGCAUGCCGAAGAAUGAAACAUCAGAGAACACAUCUCUUGAUGGUAAGAGGCCUGCGCCUGAUGGCACCUGUGAAGAGAAUGAUAUAGUUGUCCCUGGUGACAAGUGUAUGCAGAAUGAUGACGGUCAGGGUACUGAUGCAAAAAUAGAGAGGCAUUACAAGCGACGGAAGGUUCGGGCCUUAGAGAAACAGCAAAGCUUCUCGGGUGCCUCGUCUUUAGAUUAGAUAUAUGGUUGGUGUGAGGCAUAGUUUUAGCUUGUGAUAUAUAUAAAAUAUAUAACCCGUCUCGUCCUUAGGCAGUAUGCUGCUAUAUUUAUGUAAUAUAGGGUACUUUCACUAAUGACUGCAGAAAUGGCAAAAAGCCCAUGGGAAAUCCUGAAUUCCUGAUU